AUGUCAGCCGCCCAAGUGGAAAACGGCAUGGCAAAAGCCCUGGCAUGGGCUGUAAAGGGAGAGCCUCGUCACGCUGGCUGGGCCCUCCAGAAGGCCCAGAAGGCCGCCGCCGAAGCUGGCCUGUCCGAGCCUUCCCUACCCACUGACGUUGUCAAGAAAAUGUGGAAGGUCGUUAGCAAGAAAAGCAUGGCAAAAGCCCUGGCAUCCGCGAGAGAGGGAGACCCUGAUAGGGCGCGCGAAUUUGAGGAGGAGGCCCAGAAUGCCGCCGCCGAAGCUGGUCUGUCCGAGCCUUCCCUAUCGACCCGCCGUGUCAAGAAAAUGUACACGGUCGCUAAGAAAAAAAGAAUGGCAGAAGCAUGUGCAUCCGCGAGAGAGGGAGACCCUGAUAGGGCGCGCGAAUUUGAGGAGGAGGCCCAGAAUGCCGCCGCUGAAGCCGGUCUGUCCAAGCCUUACCUAUCCGCCGACGUUGUCAAGCAAAUGUACACGCUCGAGGAGGAGGCCCAGGAGGCCGCCGCCGAGGCCGGUCUGUCCAAGCCUUCCCUAUCCACUGAAACUAUCAAGCAAAUGUGCACGGUCGCUGAGGAAAAAGCAUAG